AUUGCAAGCAGCAUACAUAGUCUCAGUGUGACUUAAAAAAUGUCUAGGAACAUUGGCAGCACUCCUGCAUAUUCCAAAGCCUUGUCGUCUAUUAAGGAAAGGCUGAGAAGAUGUUUCGUGGAUAUCUGCCUCUAAUGAGACUUCAGUGGACACCCCCGCUCCAAUAAUCAACGUCUCUCGUUCUCGUCCCAGGAUGUAAGUGCUGCCUGCUUGGUCUUGUCGACAACAGGAUUUUAACCAUGGCCUUUAGUCAAUCCCUGCGAAAUGGUCUGAGUAACGUCUAAAGCUGCCCGCUGUGGGAGAACUCUAGGUGUGCUAGAGUGGGAGUUCUAAUGUUGCAACUCUUUAACAUGAGAGCAGCCAGCAGCCCUGCCUGCCUGCCCCCUCUUCUGCUAUGCCUGUAUGUGCUCCAUAGGAGCUAUGGGAGCCCUUCUCUAACAAGCCCCGUCAGAUCCACGCUCAACCACAACCCAACCAAACUGCCCGAUGGAGAGAAGGAUGCACACCAUCGGCCCAAAAGAGGUUGGAUCUGGAAUCAGUUCUUCGUUUUGGAAGAGCACAUUGGACCAGAUGCACAGUAUGUGGGGAAGUUACACUCAAACUCAGACAAAGGUGAUGGCUCGGUCCAGUAUCUGCUCUCUGGAGAAGGUGCCUCUACCAUAUUCAUAAUCAAUGAGAUAACAGGUGACAUUCAUGCAAAGAAAAGCCUGGACAGGGAAAAAAAGAGCCAUUAUGUCCUCCAUGCUCAAGCCAUCGACCGAUUCACCAACCAAGCUGUGGAACCUGAGUCUGAAUUCAUCAUCAAGGUCCAGGAUGUGAAUGACAAUGCCCCCAAGUUCCCAGAUGGCCCCUUUUCAGCCUCUGUGCCUGAGAUGGCAGACAUCGGAACGUCAUUAUUGCAGAUCAGUGCCACAGACGCUGAUGACCCCACCUAUGGGAACAGUGCCAAGAUCAUCUACAGUAUUCUGCAAGGGCAGCCUUACUUCACUGUUGACCCCAAAACUGGUGUCAUCAGGACUGCUUUGCCAAACAUGGACAGAGAAAGUAGAGAGAUGUACUCUGUCAUCAUCCAAGCCAAAGACAUGGCCGGCUCUGUGGGGGGUCUGUCUGGAUCCACCACAGUAAACAUCACACUGACUGAUGUCAAUGACAAUCCACCAAGAUUCUCUCAAAAGAACUAUCAGUUGUACGUUCCAGAAUCUGCUCAGGUAGGGAAAGCUGUAGGCAAAAUCAAAGCCAAUGAUGAAGACCUUGGCAUCAAUGCUGAGAUGACAUACAGAAUUACCAAUGAAGAAGGGGCUGCCAUGUUUUCCAUCUCUACUGACAGUGAUAAGAGAGAAGGCAUCAUCUCCCUCAGAAAGCCUCUGGACUAUGAGAAGAAGAAGGCCUACUCUUUGAACAUAGAAGGCAUCAACACUCAUCUGGAUCCUCGUUUUUCUUAUCUGGGCCCCUUUAAAGAUACCACCACGCUAAAGCUCAUUAUUGGGGAUGUUGAUGAGGCUCCAGUCUUUACUAUGGACUACUAUAUCAUGGAUGUGUAUGAGAAUUCUCCAGGUGGGACAGAGGUUGGCAUGAUAACUGCUCAAGACCCCGACAGCACUAGAAGUAAAGUCAGGUACUCCAUUGACCAAAGUGCAGAAGGAGGUACACUUUUCAGCAUUGAUGCCAACAGUGGACUCAUUAAAACCACCAGGAGUCUAGACCGAGAGGAGGUGGCCUGGCACAACAUCACUGUUAUGGCUUCAGAGAUUGACAAUCCAAAUCUGGUGAGCUUUGUUCCAGUCACAGUCCAGGUCUUGGAUGUCAAUGACAAUGCCCCCUAUAUUGCCAAAGACAGCACCCUCAUUGUGUGUGAAAGCUCCAAGGCUGGCCAGGUGAUUCAAACCAUCAGGGCCACAGACAAGGAUAACUUUGCCAAUGGUGGGUUCUCAUUUGCUUUACCAGAAGACCUUCCAGAGAAUCCAAACUUUACCCUGAAGGACAAUGAAGAUAGCAGCGCGAGCGUGUUGGUGCGCAGAAAAGGCUUCAGCCAGGCAGAACAGGAGCUGUACCAACUGCCCGUGGUUGUGUGGGAUGGAGGAGAGCCUGUCCUCAGUAGCACUAUCACAAUUACGCUGAGGGUAUGUCCAUGCCAGAGCGGGGCCAGAUUGCCUGUGUGCAGGGCUCAACCCUUCCUCUCCUCAGCAGGACUCAGCACUGGAGCCCUCAUUGCCAUCCUGCUCUGUGUGCUCAUCCUCUUGGCCAUCGUGGUUCUGUUUGUCACUCUGCGAAGUAAGAAGAGCAAGAAGGAGCCUCUUAUCAUUUCGGCGGAGGAUAUUAGGGAGAACGUAGUGACGUACGAUGAUGAGGGAGGAGGCGAGGAAGAUACGGAGGCCUUUGACAUAGCAGCACUAAGGAACCCUGCUGUGGCGGAGGAGAUGAGGUUGAGAAAGGACCUUCAGUUGGAGGUAUGGAGAGCAAUGGAGACAGAGGCUCUUACACCUUCUUUGACCUUACCAGAUGAGGACAUCAAUGAGGUGAUUAAACGGAAGUUGGAUAAGGCCAACGGGGAUAUGAAAUGGCCUCCAUAUGAUUCUCUUCAGACGUAUGCUUACGAGGGCCGUGGUUCGCCAUCUGGUUCCAUCAGUUCUCUGGAUCUGCCUGAGCCUCAGUCAGACCUGGACCUCAGUGAGGUUGACAACUGGGGUCCUGAGGUACAAAUACUCUCCAGACUCUUUCAAGAGAAAGGCAACCAGCACACACCAUAAUGGCUGUGCAUGUUUUGUAAAACCAGAAGAUGUUCGUUGUAUUCCUGAUGUCUGGUCAAAUGGGACAGCAGAAAAAAAAAAUUUGUCAUCCAGUUUUGCUGUGGGAUUAUUUGACUGUUGUUUUUCACUGGCCUCUACAAGUGGAGAAAUUACGUUUUUGAAGAUAAAGUUUAAAAUCGAGAAAAAAAUUUGAACUCAUAAAGGAAGCUAUUUUCCCUGGUGUAUAUUUUCUAUUGCUUAAUAAAAUU